AUGCAGACGAAUGUUUUCCUUCUCUUUCUCAGUUUGGUGGCAAUUUCUCUCUUCCUUCACAUGAGGUACGUGCAUGUCUAAUGUGUCUUCACGAAAACUGUCCCGCCUGUAGUAAGUUGUUUUGUGACAUUACGGAACAUCCAACAAGCAGACAGAUUUGGUUCUUUUCUAUUUAAUGUCAGUAGCCGUAGAAAUAGUCCUUCUAACAGAUAAAUGUAAACUGUUAAUGUUGUCGACUAAAAACCGUAUCUUAUAAUCGUAAGUAGAAAACCUCCUCAGCCGGUCCAUCUACAGGAUGUUCUGGCUAACAAGCUCAAAUAAGCAGCAUAAAUUGACCUUAUGCUCCGAGCACUUCCUCUGAAAAUACGUACCCUCGACAGGCAGCUGCUGUCAAGUUAAAAACUACAUAUUAUGUUAUUCGCUGGAAUGCUCGGUCCGUACUUAAAUUCUUUCUCGAAAAACGACAAACUCAAGAGCAUCAUAGAGUAUUUCUUACAUUGACUUUUAAGGCACCCGGCUAUUCGUGGGAAAUGACGGCUUAAUAAAGGCGAACGAAUUUGAAACAACGCCUUUUUAUGUUAUAAUUAAUGAAUCAGUGAUAAUGAUUUCUUGAAGAGAGUGUUACAGCAGAAAUGUUCUCUUGCAGUAGGGGAAACACAUUGUGUACUUGGAGCAAACGGCUAAUUCCGAAGGAUGCCACUGGAGACAUUACGUUGGAGGUACCGAUAGUGGACAGUUAUAAGGUGAGUGAGCUAUUUUUGUACUAUUAUUUGCCACGAGAUAGGUGUGAUAGUACAAACUGCAUGUCAUACUUUGCACAACUGUUUGAAUAGCGAUUCCAUAAAAUUUGCCUGCAUAUCUUAAAGGAAGGAUAUAUCGGAAAUGAGAAAUUCUGGACAUAUAUUUGGGCGAAAGGAUGGUGUUCGUACAGUAAAGGCUACUUCCGCUGUCCCUACACUCAACGUACGAUUUCUUCGCAUUCUUAUAUCCUAUAA